GGCCUGCGGCUGGCGGCAGUGACGGCCCCGGCGCUGACGGCGGCGGCCCGGGGGGCGGCGUGGACCCCCGCGGCGCCGGCUGGGGCAUCACCGCGGGCCUCGACCCCGAAAUGGCGCUGCUGGCGGAACACCUGCUGAAGCCUCUGCCCGCUGACAAGCAGAUCGAGACCGGGCCCUUCCUCGAGGCGGUGUCUCACCUGCCUCCCUUCUUUGAUUGCCUUGGCUCUCCAGUGUUUACUCCCAUCAAGGCGGACAUAAGUGGCAACAUCACAAAAAUCAAAGCCGUGUAUGACACCAACCCCGCCAAGUUCCGGACCCUGCAGAACAUCCUGGAGGUGGAGAAGGAAAUGUAUGGAGCAGAGUGGCCCAAAGUGGGGGCCACACUGGCGCUGAUGUGGCUGAAAAGAGGCCUCCGCUUCAUCCAGGUCUUCCUUCAGAGCAUCUGUGACGGCGAGCGGGACGAGAACCACCCCAAUCUCAUCCGCGUCAAUGCCACCAAGGCCUACGAGAUGGCCCUCAAGAAGUACCACGGCUGGAUUGUGCAGAAGAUCUUCCAGGCAGCGCUGUACGCGGCCCCCUACAAGUCCGACUUCCUCAAAGCGCUCUCCAAGGGCCAGAACGUGACAGAGGAGGAAUGCCUGGAGAAAGUCCGCCUCUUCCUGGUCAACUACACGGCCACCAUCGAUGUCAUCUAUGAGAUGUACACCAAGAUGAAUGCCGAGCUCAACUACAAGGUGUAGGCAAGCCCUGAGUGGGCACCAGGCCGUCUUCCCCCGAUACCCAGCCCCCCUGCAGAAACAGGCAAACCUGAAUCACUGUGAAGCCAGCCAGCCGGCUGCCCCAGACCUACAGUGCCCCCAGAGCGGCCCGGAAUCGGGCUGGGGGCUGCAGGGGGCCGGCCCUGGUUUUUUAAAAGUCAUUUUUGGGGUCUGUCCUACCAGAGCAAUAAAGAACCAUCUUAUACCCGAAUCUCCUUGGAAUUUCACAGCAGCAUAGACUGACUUUAUGCCUUCAUUUCAGUGUGGUUUAAAAAAAAUCGAUUAAUGUUUCUAAUAAAUCAAGUCCUAGGGUUUUUUGUCCCCCCCCUCGGCCCCCCUCCCCACAGAGCAUGACUGGGGGAUGUGGCGUUGUCCACCUCACUUUCGAAGCAGGCACGUGUCCUUCUGCGGAUCUGGCUGAAUAAUGUUUGGGGUAUUUUAAGGACCUCAGUGAGGGGCUUUGAUUUGAAAUUAUACAGGGCCCCUAUUGUGGGAAAUUUUUGUUUUUUUAAAGCAAACUGAUGUGUUUUCUCAUGUGGUUUGCACAGCCCAGCCUCACAGCACUGUCAUUAGAGAGCCUGCUCUUUCUGUCUUUUGCCAGACAGUGUUUUUAUAGCUAAAACCAACCAGCAAGCCUUUGAUGACCAAGGGGGUAUUUUAAAGCUAUCAGGCACAAAUAAUUGACCAGAGAUGACUGUAUUUCCAUUCUUCUGCAUAAUUAUUUUCUUCAGGGACAGCUUUUCCAACCUAAGAAACUACCUACCAUGUGUAUUCUUUCGAGGGGGAGAGGAUGAACCCAAGAACAUGCCCUGCUGCCUUAACUGUCCUUCCUGGCGCUAAAAAGAGCUGUAUUUUUUAAAGUGUUGGGGCAAACAAAGCAACCCCCAAAGAACUGAUGUAUGUGAAAAACCCAAUGAGGAACAAUUGGUGAUUUUUAUGCAGAAACUAAAUAAUCCUUAAUAAAUAAAUCUCUAUUUUGGAAUCA